AUGGAUGAACUGCCAAAGUACAUGCAAAUAUUCUACCAUAUGCUUUUGAAUGUUUUCAAUGAAAUUGAGGAGGAGAUGGUGAAGGAAGGAAGAGCAUACAGAGCUUACUAUGCAAAAGAAGCAUGGAAAAAUGCAGCCAAAGCUUACUUUGAUGAGGCCAAAUGGUUCCACGAAGGAUACAUCCCCAGCAUGGAGGAAUAUAUGCGUGUUGCUACAGCAUCUGCUUGUAGAACCAUACUUACAACUAUAUCUUUACUUGGCAUGGGAGACAUUGUAACCAAGGAGUCCUUUGAGUGGUUGUUGAAUGACCCUAAAAUUCUUAGAGCUUCCAAUACCAUUGGUAGGCCCAUGGAUGACAUUGUUUCGAGCAAGACAACAAUGAACACCAUAGCCGCGGCUGCAAUAGAUAACCACCACAAUUUUCCAACAGGGACAGAGAUCAUGGACCUCACGGGCUUACCAGAAUAUGAGGACUGGACAAGAAAUGGGCUGAGGGUCUGA